AUGUCGGGGAUUCUGGUCCAGGCAAACAGUCUAUUACAGGCUUCACGAGUAUCUAAACAAGCUCUUUUGUUUAAUAGAGUAGCGACAUCUGUUGCUAAACGGCGUAUCGCUCUUGACGCCAGUCUCAGAAGCGAGCUUGAAAAGGCACCUCGUCAUGAUGUUGUUGUAGUAGGAGGCGGUCAUGCUGGUUCUGAAGCAUGUGCUGCUGCUGCUCGAACAGGUGCAAACACAGUUUUGGUAACUCCAAAACUUUCAAAUAUCGGAGUCUGUUCUUGUAAUCCUAGUUUCGGUGGUAUUGGAAAGGGCAUUUUAAUGAGAGAAAUAGACGCUUUAGACGGUGUAUCUGGUCGGAUUGUCGAUAAAGCCGGUAUCUGCUUUCAGACAUUAAACAAAUCGAAAGGACCAGCUGUAUGGGGUCCUAGAGCCCAGAUUGACCGGAAAAUCUACCAGAGAGAAAUGCAGCAUGAGCUAGAAAACUACGGACCCAACCUAAGCAUCAUCCAAGGAGCAGUUAAAGACGUUAUUAUCGACUAUAAUCCAUCGCCGUCUAGUAAUCAACCAACUGAUUCCACUACUAUAGCCACUUCUGAUACUUCUUCUAUCCCUAAUGAAGGACCAACUGUAUGUGGUGUUAUUCUCGAGGAUGGUCAGGUAUUGGCAGUUCCAAAAGUCAUUAUCACCACGGGUACUUUCCUGUCCGGAGAAAUUCACAUUGGUUUGACAGUUUACCCAGCUGGACGGAUUGGAGAAGAUGCCACAUUUGGUCUCAGUAAGACGUUAAAAAGUGCUGGAUUCCAAAUGGGGCGUCUUAAAACUGGAACUCCUCCACGUUUGGAGCAGUCGUCUAUUGACUAUACGGGUCUCAGAAUCCAACCUGGUGACGACGUUCCUACUCCAUUCAGUUUUAUGAAUGAUGACAUUGCAUUGGUAAAUGACCAAAGGGUCUGUCAUUUGACACAUACCAACGAGAAAACACACGAAAUCCUGCGUAAUAAUCUAGAUAAGUCGAUUCAUAUCCGAGAAACUGUUAAAGGACCAAGAUACUGUCCUUCAAUUGAAAGUAAAGUGAUCAAAUUCAGCGAAAAAAAGGCACAUCAAGUAUGGUUAGAGCCCGAGGGUCUAGAUAGUAAUCUUGUAUACCCCAAUGGCAUAAGUGUUUCUAUGCCACCUGAAAUCCAGUAUGAAAUGUUGAAAACAAUCCAGGGUCUGGAGAAUGUGAAAAUGGUUCAACCUGGAUAUGGUGUAGAAUAUGACUAUGUUGAUCCCAGAGAGUUGAGACCCAGUCUUGAAACGAAACGCAUCAGUGGAUUAUAUCUUGCUGGUCAGAUCAAUGGAACUACCGGGUACGAAGAAGCAGCUUCGCAAGGAAUCAUUGCUGGAAUCAACGCCGGAAGAGCUGCCACUAACCGAGAACCGUUUAUGAUCAAGAGAAACCAGGGAUAUAUAGGAGUUCUCAUUGACGAUUUGGUCACCAUGGGAGUAGAAGAGCCUUAUCGAAUGUUUACAUCAAGAUCCGAAUUCCGAUUCACUGUCCGGUCUGAUAAUGCCGACCUUCGACUGACCGAGAUCGGUCGUUCUCUCGGUGUUGUUGGAGAUGACCGUUGGGCUCGAUACGUGAACGAUAAACAGCAGUACGACGAAGCGAGAAAACUGCUGAUUUCCGAGAACCAUACUCACAGCUCCUGGUCUAAAAAGAUUCUCAAACCAUUCAAAUGGGGUUCAGACCCCCAUAAACGAACAGGCUACGAAAUCCUUCGAGUCCGUGAACUUGAAGGAACCGAUCUUAUCCCAGCCAUUCCUGCCCUGUCGAACAUCUCCGGCAAAGUGCUGAAACAGGUGGAAAUCGAUGCCAAAUACCACCCCUACAUCAGCCGCGAGCUGUCCAUGAUCCGAUCCCUUCAAGCAGACGAACAACUGGAGAUUCCCCGCGACAUGGACUACUCCAAACUGCAAUCACUCUCCAACGAAUCACGUUUCCUUCUCGAAAAGAUCCGUCCCGAGACCCUCGGCCAAGCCCGCCGAAUCCAGGGAGUCACUCCCGCUGCCUGUGUCGACAUCUUCCGGUUCGUCAAAUCGUACAGGGUCUAA